AUGUCGAAGCUCUACGUGGGCAAUUUGCCGUCGGACUGUAACGAGAGUGCUCUCAGGCAGCUGUUUCAGGAUCAUAAUUUGUCGUGCACAACGAUCCUGGUGAAACGGGGCGGCUACGCUUUCGUCGACUGUACCGAUCAAUCGGUAGCGGAUCGCGCGAUCGACAAACUUAACGGAUACACAUACCUCGGAUCAGCUCUUGUUGUGGAACCAUCCGUUGCCAGUGGACCCAAGAAACGGUGA